CUCUGGAAAUGUCUGUUUCCCAACAUCAAACGACUGUAAAAUGCUUUUAAUAUUCAAUAAAUUUGAUCAAAUCGAAAUAGGCAUGGAACGUCCUGCCCGUGCGAUUGGCAGGUACGCCCUAUGAACUGGACUAUCUCUCUACGUCAUGUUGUUAUUGUAUCACUCCGCCGCAAUCGCACUAGGUAAACAGCUGUGGAAGGCUAAGGCUAGGUAGCUUCGUGUCUGUUUGUGUCAGCGGGUUUCAGUCGGUCCUUGGGAGAGAGAAAAAGGCAGAAAUCUUUUCAACCUCGGAGUGACUGACUUGUUGUCUGUCAUCUCUUACAAAGAUGAAGUUUCAGUACAAAGAGGAGCAUCCAUUUGAGAAAAGGAGGUCCGAGGGCGAGAAAAUACGGAAGAAGUACCCGGACAGGGUUCCAGUUAUUGUGGAGAAAGCCCCCAAGGCUAGAAUAGGAGAUCUGGACAAGAAAAAAUACCUUGUCCCUUCUGACUUAACAGUGGGCCAGUUUUACUUCCUCAUCCGGAAAAGAAUCCACUUAAGAGCAGAGGAUGCUCUCUUCUUCUUUGUAAACAACGUCAUUCCUCCCACCUCAGCAACCAUGGGACUGUUGUACCAGGAGCACCACGAAGAGGACUUUUUCCUCUACAUUGCCUACAGUGAUGAGAGUGUGUAUGGGAACAGCCAAAGGGAAAUGUGAUCCCCUUCAACCACCUUUCUGAGACCUUUGUCAUUCAUUCAUUUAAAAAGUAAAAUCCAGCUUGGCAGUGUAGAGUUCCCAGAGUAAAUGUCAUCUGCACUUUCACUUCUCACAAACACAAUCUUUUACAUAUUCAUUUAUGACUUUUUCUAUUUUGCAGUCUGAAUUGUAUUUGCCUUCUCUGGUUUGGUUUUUGGGAAUCGUACUCCACAGAAUGCCUGAUAAAGAAAAGUGAAAAUAAAAUCUCAACCGCUAUGCGCUUGUAUUUACUUCUGAGUGCAGAAAACAGAGGCAGAAUUUGUUGAGUUAAAUUGACCCCUGCCUGGUAAUAAGUAUAAAUAGUGCUUGUCAAAUUUUGACAAGACUUUGAUGAUGAAAAAGAUUUUGGUUUAUGUUUUAAAGUCAAUAAUUUUCAAAAGAAUAGUGAUAGUGCUGCCAGCGGUAGUGAUCUUUUUUUUUUUUCCUUUUGAUUUAUUUUAUUUUAAAUUUAAAGAGGUCACGGUAAGCUUUAUUUUUAUUAAAUUGUUAAAUCCCAAAACACUAGUAUUUCCUUCCUCAUAUUUAAUCUUUGCGAGGACUAUAAUAGGAUUCAGACUGCUCAAUCAUUCUCUGCUUUCAGUGGUAAAAUUAUUUUGACAGCUAAUAUGAUUAUUGUUGUUAUUAUUGUUAAUUUUAGGUGGCUCACUUUCUAAAGAAGUUGUAAAGCUGAGUGUAAUUUUCUUUUUAAGUUUCUUAUUUUUUAAAAAGGAUUUACAGUAGAACUCUGUAUACGGCUGCAUUAAUGGCUCUUUCUCUCCACUCAUGAUCGUAUAUGAUAAAAUGUUAUGAAAGUUGA